AUGAAGCUGUUGGUAAUACUCGCCACGUUCGUGGUCUUGUCAUCAGCGGCCCCCCAAGGCUAUCACCUGGAUAAGCCUUCAGGACCAAGCUUUGGAAUAGGAGGUUUAGCCUCAGGUUUUAGCUCAGGGGGAUGUGGGCCCGGAAGGGUGCUGCAUGUUGACGGCAGAUGCGUCACUCCACGCGUCAAUCGCAAAGUUUACUUGUAUGACGCGCCACCAGCGCCCGUGUCCCAUGGUCCCCCACCUUAUAUUCCUGAGCCAACCGUUGAGACAAACAUCGUGUUCAUCCGAGCACCAGAACAAGGACAAGGACCAGAUCCUAUUGUCAUACCUCCUCCUAGGCAAGAACAUGUCGUGUACGUCCUUAACAAAGAGUCGCCACAGCAACAGGAAGUGAUCGAACUCCCAGCUCCGCCAGCGAGCGAACCUGAAGUUUACUUCGUGAACUACGGUGACGGCGAGAACCCGGUUCUUCCCAGUGGCGUUGAUCUCCAGACUGCCCUGAACGCAGCUUCCCAAGGUGGUGGUCAAGUGGUCGGAGGCGGUGCCGGAGGCGCUGAGGGAGGUUUUGGAGGAAGUGGAGGAAUCGGUGGAUUAGGAAGUGGAGGAAUCGGUGGAUUCGGAAGUGGAGGAAUCGGUGAAUUCGGAAGUGGAGGAAUCGGUGGAUUCGGAAGUGGUGGACGCGGUGGAUUCGGAAGUGGAGGAAUCGGUGGAUUCGGAAGUGGUGGAAGCGGUGGAUUCGCAAUAUUCGUCAGAGGAGGAGGAUUUAGUGGAGGAUCCAGUGGCGUUCCCUCUCUUCCAAGUCUUUAUUCCGUACCUUAA